AUAGUUUAUUAUUAUAUCAUAGCUUAUUUGACCCUUUUUUUUCCCUGCCGGUUAGGACGCGCUGGAAUAUGCUCGGGUCCGAGCCCGAGUUCGAAAUGCAUCUACGUUAUUCAAUACGGCGAUUCAUCGUACUCCGCUGGAUAUCUCUCUAAGGAGAAGUUUACCCUAACGAGUUCCAACGUAUUCGACGGUGUUAACUUCGGCUGCGGCGGGGACAACCAAGGAACAUUCCUCGGAGUCGCCGGACUUCUCGGCCUCGGCCGGGGCACAUUUUCGUUUCCGUCGCAGACGGCGGCGACCUACAACAAGAUCUUCUCCUACUGCCUCCCAUCUUCAUCCAGCUACACCGGCCACCUCACCUUCGGAUCCGCCAGAAUCUCCAGCUCCGUCAAAUUCACUCCGAUGUCCACUGUCCAAGACAGCACGACCUUCUACGGUCUCGAUAUGAUCGGAAUCUCCGUCGGCGGUCGGAAACUGGAGAUUCCUCCGGCGGUGUUCUCUACUCCGGGAGCGAUAAUUGACUCUGGAACCGUCGUAUCUCGCCUCCCGCCGAAAGCCUACGCGGCGCUGCGAAGUGCGUUUGUGGCGGGGAUGUCGCAGUAUCCGACCGCGGCGGGGUUCUUGAUCUUGGACACGUGCUUUGAUUUCACCGGGUAUGAGAGGGUGACGCUCCCGAGGGUGUCGUUUACCUUCAGCGGCGGCGUCGUCGUGGACCUUGGACUGCCAGGGAUUUUAUACUCGCCUACCACCUCGUAUUAUUGUUUGGCGUUCGCGGGGAAUGACGAUGACGGUAAGGCUGCCAUCUUCGGGAACGUUCAGCAGCAAACGCUGGAAGUUGUGUACGACGGUGCGGGUGGGCGGGUCGGGUUUGCUCCGAAUGGUUGUCAAUGAAAACAGAUGGGUAAAAAUUUUAUUUACGGAUUUGGCGCCAAAUUUGGUUUAUCCUUAAUCAAGUGUAUAAUUUGUAUGAGGACGUGAUGGUCUAUGGUACACGUUUAUUGUAAAAGCUCAAACUGUUAAUUUACAUAUUUUUACUCCAAUACAAAAUGAUGUUGGUGAAGAAACUAAGUGUUUUUUAAA